ACAAACCGACGCAUGAUCAGAUGCUGGUGUUGGGUUGAUUCUCUCCGUCCAUGUUUUGGGUGUAAAUAAUUACCCCCUCGCAAUAUACAGGAAACUACUUCUCUUGAGACUAAGUGUUUUAAAGACUCAUCAACCGGCAAAGCAGCAUAUUCAUUUCACUCAGUUUCACCAUCUGAAACAGACUUUGGAACAAAAGUUCCAGGCACGCAAUGAGAGUAUUGUACAAGGCAAAGCGUGUAUUAACAUGUGCAGGAUGUGCCUCUGUGCUACUCUUCAUAGCCUACUUCACACCUACAUCAAUAAGGUACUUGGAGGGCUUAAUCCCCAUGAACCGAUGUCAUCUAGCCCCUGGAGAGAAGCUGAAGCUGGGGAAUAGUAUAGAUGCUUCCCUGGACCUUUGGUCCAGAGGGGAUGUUCAGACAUGCACUGACUGGGGAGCCCCUGUGAUCUGGGAUGGAAUGUUUGACCCAGAUCAUUACGACCAGGAGCACAGGAGGAACCACUCCUCUGUCUCUCUCACUGUAUUCGCUGUGGGCAGGUAUCUAGAUGCCUACCUGGAGGCAUUCCUUUUGUCUGCUGAGCGUCACUUUAUGGUGGCUUUACCUGUGACAUACUAUGUGUUCACGGAUGUUCCCGAGAGGGUACCAAGCAUCCAGCUUGGUCCUGGGCGGAGCCUGAAAGUUGUGAGGGUGCAGAGACACUCUCGCUGGCAGGACAUCUCCAUGAUGCGUAUGAGGGCCAUUGCAGACGCCAUUGAGUCACAGAUUCGUCUAUACAGCCGCUACAUCUUCUGCUUUGACGUGGACCAGGUGUUUGUGGGUCGGUUCGGCUCAGAGGCUCUGGGAGACUCUGUUGCUCUGCUCCACGCCUACUACUACCACCGACCACAGAGCCUGUACACCUACGACCGCAACCCCAGGUCCAGGGCCUACAUGGAGACUGGGGACUUCUACUAUCAUGCUGCCGUGUUUGGAGGCUCGUGGCAGAAUGUGAAAAAUAUGACAGAGACCUGUUACCAGACCAUCAUGGAGGACAAGGAGAAUCAGGUGGAGGCUCUGUGGCAUGAUGAGAGUCACCUCAACAAGUACCUGUGGCUACAUAAGCCCAGUAGAGUGCUGUCUCCUGAGUACUGCUGGAGCAGUAACAUUGGUUACCGCGGUGACAUGCAUGUGACCCGCCUGCUCUGGGCAAAGAAAAAAUAUGACACACUCCGGAUUACAGAGCUGUGUCUGGCUCCAUCAUCUCCUGUGGGCUGAACACCUUCUGGCAGUGGGCCAGGUGGUGCCAGACGGACCUUUCCUGAACUCUGACCGCCGUUGGUGUUGCCAUGAUUACCUUGAAUGGCCCCAACCAUCUUGGCUGGUUCCAUUUUCUCUUGUGGACACGGAUUUUGACCCAGUCUCCAAUCUCCACAGGCUGGUACCUCCUUCUGAGCUUUCCUAGUGUGAGAGUGGAGAGAUAUGACAAUAGUAGUUAGCUCUUUCAUGUACUCCAAGUGUUCUACUUUAGCUAGAGUGAGGUCUGUUAGUCAUGGGUCUGCGUGCGGGAACAUUCAUGGGUCUUCCUGUCAACAUUUCAUGUGGUGUACACCCCGUGCCUUUAUUAACACUACUGCACAUUUUCAUUAACACCGUUGGUAAACAAUUCACCCAAGAUUUCUUGGUGGAGUGAAAUGCCUUAGCGAACCCUUGUUUAAUGGAUUGGUUAGCUCUCUGUAACCCCAUUACUCUGAGGGUGGUAGAUGUUCACAAACUUCUGGUCCACUCCCAUCAUUAUGGCUACCUGCUUCACUACAUCACCAGUAAAGUGGGUACCAUUGUCUGCAGAUAAAACCUCAGGAACACCAAAUCUAGGAAUGCUCUCCCUCACUAGUAGCUUUGCUACUGUCUUAGCAUCACAGUGUGUGGUGGGAAAUGCCUCCACCCACCUGGUGAACCUGUCAAUAAGGACUAAACGGUACCUUUUCUUUUCUUUCUGCAAGAUCUAUAAAAUCCAUGUCACGAUGGACAAAUGGUCCUCUUGAUGUAUGGAAAUGACCUGGUUUCAGAGGUGCUCCUUUGGCAAUGUUAAAUUGCAUGCACGUAGCACAUCGAAACAGAAACUGUUUCACAUGCUGAGUCAAAUCUGGACAAAUCCAAAGAAAUUGCCUCUAUCAUAUUUGUAUUUAUUUGUAUUUUAUUUCACCUUUUAUUUAACCAGGUAGGCAAGUUAAGAACAAG